AUCGUUUACACCCAGGCUCUGCUGUACGCCAAAACAAAGUUCACACCGGCGAAAGAAGCACUGCGUUUCCGUGAUCAGCGGUACAUAAUAUUUAACAACUCUCGUUUGGGGAAUCAUAAACAAAAUGGCGACACACUUCAAUGCGAACCAGUAUGAUGAUGCCUUUGCUGCCAACAGAUUACAGAACUGGACAGUACCCCACCAAUAUAAAGAGAGACCAUCCAGUUUAGAAGGAUACACACAAAUUAUUGCAAAUGACAGAGGACAUCUAUUAUCAGGAGUUCCCAGAUCUCAGUCUUCUCCAUGGGGUAACUUUGUAGGCACAUGGGACAUGCCAAGAAAAAUACCCGGUAAUGUUACAUCCUACAUGGCACGCUCUGAUAAAGCCAUAGAUGGAAUUGAAACAACAAAAGAAGAUUUUGAUCGUAAGAUGUAUGAAGCAGUUAAUACUCCACCAAAAUGUGCAGACAAGGCUACCUCACCACUCAACACACCAGCACCAGUUGUGAAACCAGACGUUGAAAGAGAUUUAGCAAGUCCCAAACCCCCUACACCACAACCAGAAUAAACGAUUACAGAUGUUAAUGCAGAGAUAUAAACAUUAUUUGAAGAAAGUAUUUAUGCAACUUGUAUUGCCAUCAAACUGACAAUUAAAAGUUAUCAUACUUCAUGGUUGGCUUUUUUUUUUUAAUUGAUCAUGACAUUAAUUGUUUGUAUGUCUUGUGCAUUAGUGUAAAUAUCUAGUAUUAAAAGUUGUCAAAAUAAUGCAAUCAAGCUGUUGACAUGUGGUAACUGCAUUUUAUGUCAUAAUUCCUGGAAGUUGGGUAAAAAAUGGCAUUACGAUACAAUUGACAUAUUUAGUUCAUUGUAGACUGAGGUUAUUUUGUAAAGUAGACAUUUAUUUCCAUGUAUUCAAAUUAUUCAAAUUUAUAAUGGUGCAAGCUGAGUAGGGUAAAUUAGACACCGUCCAAUAACAAUAUGCCAUCCACUUAUUACUAUAGAAUCAUAUGUACAAAUGCUUUGAACCUGUAACAGUUUUGUGUAUUUUAAGACAUAUAAAAAGUAUUGAUGUAUUUCCCUUUCUUGUGUACACACACUACCCAUAACACUGUAACUUGACAUCAAGUACAUGUCUUGACUUUAAGGAGGUUUGUGCCGAAUUGAAGAGUAUACAUCAUGUUUUCAUUAUUGCGUGUUCAUACGAUCAGAAUUCCAAAAAUAAAGAAAGAAAAUUAAUUGGGAUCACCAAGGAUUUUUAGAGAUACAAUAGUCUGAAGUAUCAUGGGAAAUAGUCAAAACUGUCAAUUGGUUUAUAUGGUGAUAUUAUUGAUUCAUAUUUCAAAUUGUGCUUGGUUUAAUAUUCUAAACAGACUGAGGAGUGAAAUGACAGUUCAUUGCCAUUAAAGUAGUAGUUUAAUUACUCAAUCCAAUUGAAAAACUUUUUUAAAAACGUGUAAUCAGUUGAUUUUUCAUCUGGCUCUAUAUGUAUUCAUUAUGUGUUCCUGUACUGUAAACAUCUGAACACAGAUGAAUAUAUAUUUCUUUGGAGUAACUUAAUAAGAAAUUGAUCAUGAAGAUUCCCUUUUACAUGAAUAGCUCAUGUCAAAGAUUACCACCAAAUAUAUAUAUAUAUAUAUCGAUAUUUACAAAUUUGCUGUCAGUUGAUUUCAUACCAAGACAAUAUUUACAUGCAUGGAAUACAAGUAAAUGUAUACAGUUGAUCUAUUAGGUGAAUAAAUAUUCCAUUCAAUAUCAUUUUCUGCUGUUUCAAAUACAUUGUAUCUAUAAUUAACCAGCAAAGCAGUUUAUCUCAAUAUCAUGUGAUCAAACUAUCCAGUAGUUUUAAUAAUUAAGCAUUAUUCCAAUAUAAUGUAUGUGUAUAUAUUAAUAGUUUUUCAAUAAAUACAAAACAUUACAGAUGA